AUGGCGACGGCACGCGGGUAUUGGACUGAGCAUGUGUCCAAAGAUGGAAGGCGAUACUUCUUCAAUCAACAGACGAAGAGGUCUCAAUGGGAGAAACCAGAUGAGCUUAAAACUGAUAUAGAACGUAAAAUCGAAAGUAACACCAACUGGAAACCGUUCGAAACAGCAGAAGGAAAGACGUACUACUUCAAUACCCAAACGCGUCAAAGUGUCUGGGAAAAACCGCAAGAAGUGCUUCAGAUAAUACGAGAACAUGAACAACAGGAGCUUUCAACGAAAGAAAACGCGAAAACAGCUUUUCUUAGGUGGUUAGAGGAAUUUAACUUUACACAGCGUACCACCUGGGAUACCGCGGCACGGCAACUUGAAGCCCAUGAAAGAUGGCAAAAGUUUGCUAUGUUAACAAAGGGAGAAAAGAAGCAACUGUUUUCGGAAUUCACCAGUCAAACGCAGAGGCGUAUACAGGAGGAAAUGCGACGCAAACGGGGAAUGGUAGGAGACCUUAUAAUUAACGAAUUGGAUAAAUGGGAGGAUCUCACACCAUAUACCACCUAUGUGGAAUUUGCGAAACGAUGCAACAAACGGGAAUGGUGGACCUGGGCUGACGAAAAAACAAGAGAUGCUCUUUUCCAAGAUUGCUUACUGCGCAUGGAAAGGGAUCUUAAGUGGAGAGAGCGCGAAAGGCGUAAACUGGCUAUGGAUAAAUUAGAAAAUGAAAUCGAAGCAUCAGCGAACGAAAACGUGCCGGAGUGGUCCAAUGUAAAAUUGCAAUUCUCAGGUUUCGAAGGGCUGCACCUUCUUGAAGUGCUGGAGUGCCAUCGCGAAGUCUUUAAACGUUUGUAUCGGGUUAGAGUAAAGGAGGCAGAAAAACGGGCAUAUAGAGCACAAAGGAAACGUCGACAGCGUUUUGUAUCGUUUCUAGAGGAUGCAGUGAGUAAAGGCGAAAUUCACGGUAGAACAACCUUCGAGGAGUUCAUCCAGGAGCAUUCGACUGAGGCCAUAUACCUAGAUAUUGUGGGCCAACGUGGAUCAACACCUUACGAUCUCUUCAAAGAAGUCCAAAAACCUCUCAGAGACCAAUACAAAAACGAACGGCAAAAAGUAAAAUCUCUAAUCUCCAAAGGAAUUCUAGAUCGCGGUGCCACUCUGGAUGAAUAUGAGCGCAUAGCAAUGGAAAAUGGUGCCUGUAGCAAGUGUAAUAUCCCCCUAAUACACGAAAGCUUGCGACGUAACACCAACAAGUCGCACAGACCGCGAUCACAAACUCCAGAGGAAGGAGAAAUACGUUAUAGUCUAGAAACUGCAUCCAGCGAUGAAUCCCCAAGGUCUUACAGCAGAGUUGGAUAUCCCAAGCGCCGACGCCGCGACCGUUGA